UAUUGUUUUUUUCACGGCGAGCUAAAAUGGAGGAGCUAAAAUGGAGGUUGCUUCAGUGCCACUCCCGGGUCCUUGAACGUCCCCUGUCACUCCUGCUAGAUUGUUGCUAGUUGAAGUCGUUGAAGUAUUUUAUUUCUCGCGUGUUUGUGUGUCGUGCUUGUGUAGCUUAGCUUGGAAUUUCAAACCCCGGCGUGUGACUCGUAUGAAAAGGAAGGGGAACGCAGACUUGACGUAAAGUAAUAAAAUGAAGGCAAGCGUAUUUGUUCAGACAGGACACGACGCGGCCGUAAGUGAGUGUCACAGACAAAACCGUGUCUUUACGUUUGUUUAGGUGUACAGGGACUUUUCCUGGUUCAAUUUGAGGUUCAAAUUCUGAUCACAGAUUUGUAUGCAAGGCUCGAAGAAACGCUUUUUGUGAAAUCUUUACGUGUUUUUUGACGGUUUCUAUUUCCAAGAUAAAACCUCGUAUUUCACGAGACUCAUCUGAAAAGCUAGAACCAAAAGGUGUAAUGCACAUUUAAGAUACAUAAGGAAAUAAGGACCGAGCCAUUCUGACCAUGACGUCCACACUAAAAGGGGGCAGCGCGCUACGGUCGCACCAUGAACAGUCACCAUGAGCAUGAGAGCCUCCCCGGGUCCGCAACUGGGAUCCAAGCCUAACGCUAACGCCAUAGGCGGGACGUUCUCUUUGCUUCCCGUGAGCUUCAGGAGGGAGUCACGUGGCUCACCCUCGGAUGCUCCAGGAGACUUCCGGUGGGCCGAAAAGAUCCCGGGCAGGUCCAAGCGCUCGGAGCAGACUUACAUGAGCGGUGACGUCUCGGAAGUCGUCGAAGCAGAUCGGGCCACCGCUGCCGUGGGGCUUCUGUCCCCUGUCGGACCAAUGGGGGGUGAGGGAACCCCGGUGAAAGGCAAACCCCUCUCCGUGGACAACAUGGAAAAUCCUCAGAUGACGCCAAACAACAACACGCCCAAGGAUGCUGACGGUGUCGUCGGCGCCGCAUCCAUCGAAGUGUCAUCCGAGGGCAAGUGGAAGAACCUCCGGAAGAGCCCGGCGAACCCUCACACGCAGGCCAACUGUUUGCGGCAGAUUCUGCUGCUGCAACUGGACCUCAUCGAACAACAGCAGCAACAGCUGCAGUCGAAAGACAAGGAGAUUGAUGAUCUCAAAGCAGACAAGGAGACGCUUUUGGCACGCAUUGAACGCAUGGAGCGUCGCCUGCAGCUCACCAAAAAGGACCCGCCACGCGACAAGCGCCUCUUCCAGCCGCUGGAGCCUUGGACCCCCGACAAGGAGGACAUGUGGGACCUAGAAGUGGAGGAAAACCCGCAGCCCAAUCCGUCUGCCCUGGUGCCCUUAAGUCGAGGCAGCAAAGGUCAAAAGAGAAAAUCCUGCUUCGGUGACUCCAAACUCCAGAAAUCUCGUGGCAAAAGCGCCAAGCUGAGUCCUCACAAGCCGGAGAGUCAACCAGCGUCUCCGUCUCAGCGAGAGCUUCGCAGCAGGGAGACGCCGGAGAAGAGCGCCCCCGCCAGGCCGCCCUGCAAAGAGGAGGCGGCGGAGCUGAGCUGCCAGAUGGACGACCUUCCCUUCCUGUCCACUACAGAGAUGUACCUGUGCUGCUGGAACCAACCGCCUGUAUCGCCUCUGCGUGAGACCUCUCCCAAGAAGGAGGAGGAGGAGGAGGAGGAAGUGGCCAAUCCACCCAACACACACUCCAUGAUUAACUUCCCUUUCCCGUCUUCGUGCCGCCUCUCGGUUCCAUCGUGGCGGGAAAAUGUCAUCGAGGCGUUGGGUGAGGAUUUAAGCGUCGACGCGCAAGAGCCGCUGGAUGACGGCGUGUUUCUCAAGCGCCAUGCCAAGCUGGAACUGGAUGAGAAAAGGAGGAAGAGGUGGGACAUCCAGCGGAUCCGAGAGCAGCGUAUGUUUCAGCGCCUGCAGCAACGCAUGAACAGGAAGAAGAUCAUACCGGAAACGGAGCCUGAGCUUUCGUCAUUUUAUCCGGAAACUGAAGACGUUGAAGCAAUUAUGAUCACGCCCUUCUUGCCAGUGGUCGCAUUUGGUCGGCCGUUGCCCAAACUCUCACAAGAGAAUUUUGAGCUGCCUUGGCUGGACGAGCGCAGCCGCUGUCGCAUCGAGGUGCCCAAGAAACACACGCCUCACCGGACCUGUCGCAAGUGAAUGUCGCCGAAUGGGAGACGCCGCCAUUUAUCGGUAGUUCCAUACGCGCCCGUGUAACUACGGUUGCUUUUUGUGCGGAGGUGAAGGUCGUGUCACACAUAUCACUCGUUGUUGUGCGGUAGCUCUGUUCCCACUUUUUCAUCGCGUCACUGUUACUGCACUCGGCUGAGACCAGAAAAAAAAAAAAAUCAUGUUGGAGCUCGUUGGACAGCUUUAAAUUUUGCGAUACUUUGGUUAAAAAAAAAAAAAAAAGUCCCGAUCUAACUGUGGUGCUGUGUAUCUGUGGCUAAACCAUCCAGCUAUAGAGCAGGGGGGGGAAAAAAGCCUGAAUCUGUGAAAAGAAAAAAAAAAAAAACCUUGACGGGUCCUAAUGUUAACUUGAAGUAAUCUGUUCCUUCUGUUUACUUGUUUUGGUUUUACACCACCCACAAAAAAAGUAAAGGUAAACGGGCUUUCGGUUGCAAUUUUUGUCCACUUCUCUACCGUUCUGCAAAAAGUACGGACACGUUAAAACAGUUGCACAGUGAAAAGUUUCGAGUUAAAAAAAAGUUCAAACAUCAUGAAAUUUCACCCCAAAUCUUUUUUGUGAGUAGACAUGUGAAUUGCAUGGGUUCUAUUUAGCUGCAAUGGUAGCAUGGCUUAACCCCUCGAUGGAUCUUCUUUGCUCUGAAGCAAAAUAAAAAGACGUAAGCAUGACUUUGGGCUGCAAGCGUCCAGUGAGGGUCGGAGAAUAUUAAUGCACAAAUAGUGAAUGACCUCCUCCUCCUCCAGGAGCAGUUAGCUCAACAUCAGGGGUCCAUUUUAGAAGGUAAAGUUCCUAGCUUGUAGUUGUAACAACAUGCCAUGCUCUUCCCUCGCAGUCGGUUUGUUUUGUUCCAAGAUGCGACAGCUUCAAGCGCUAUUCUGUACAAGUGCGUCGGUCUGGAAAUGUUCUCUGUACAUAGCUUUCACAAAUGUACAUAAAACAUGGCUGUUAUUUUUUUAUUAUUUAAUGUGGAACUUGUUGCGUACAUUCAAAAUUCAAUGAUUGUAUGUUGAUGAAAAGUUUUGAAAGUUGCAUUUUCUUUUUGGAAUAAAAUGACCAUCUCUAUG